UGUCAUAAGAUACAAAGAUGAUGAAGACAUCCUUGAUAAGGCUGCUGAGCAAAACACACAAGUGGAUGAGAUGAGGCCAAAACUAGAUACACAUUUGGUAGGGACCACAUCUCAAAUUGAGGAAAUGACAGAUCAGAUAGUGCCAGAAAGGGAAACCUACGCAGCUGAAAUAACAUCUCCUUAUAAGGAAGGUGAGAUUAUUGAGAUCGACACUGCUGAAGGUAGAGUCCCAGUACGUGUUGUGAAAUCUGUUGAUGGUGACAGGUAUGAGAGAGUCACUACCACUACUGUUACUACAGAAACAACCAGGACAAUAAGAACAAUCAAUGAGGAAGAAACUGAAGACAAUGUUGAGGAAAUUGAAGACACUGGUGCUAAAGACAAAGAAAGAUCCCCUCUUCCAGAUGAACUGUACAUGUCUAAUGAUCGAGCUGAGAGGCAAAGUAUUGUAGUAGAAGAUGAUGUAGUGAUGGAGAAACGUGAGCGAUCAGAAUCCCCUUUGAGUAAACUUAGAGGUGCUACUACCCCGAGACAGCGCCAGAAAGAACGCCUUGCAGCAUUCAUUGAAGGUAUAGCAACACAGCAAGAAACAACCAACAUGCAGCAACAAGUCGAACCUACUCAAUUGGCAAGUGAGGUAACAUCCCAAAAACCUAUCACGAGGUAUGUAGAAGAGACUACGGUAGAAGAGAGAUUCUAUGACUCCCCUAGUCCAAUCAGAGGACCAGGACAGUCUAGGUAUGCAAAUGAAACCGAAGGUCCUCUAGCUAUAAGCACACCAAGACCUGGAACUUCAAGACCUAGGACUACUGAACAAGGAACUCCUGGAACAUACCACCAACAGGAUGCUACUGAUUUGUCUGUCCAAGUUGGAAGUGAAUUAGAUCCUUCAAUAACUGGCUACACAGACCUGUCAAUCACCAGUAGCUCCUCCCCUGGGCAGUCCUUGGUUAGAAGCCCCUCCCCUGGGAUGUCUAUUGGUGCUCAGUCUGAAAGCAUGCAGGAGCUCAACACAUCAUGGACCUCUUUGCAGCAGCAGCUUGGUGCCAGAGAAGAUCGUCUACGUGGAACAUUAGCUGAGCAAGAGGAUCACCAGAGGGCAGUGCAGACCAUCAUGGGUAAAAUGAAUGAGGCACAAGAGAAAUUACAACAAAUUGACUCACUCCCUGCAGAUCAGCAGCAACAGCUUCAACAGGCAAUCAUAAGAGAUGUUGAGCACCUACAGGGGGAGGUAGAGUUGAUGGAACAGCAGAGUAGCAAGCUGAAGCCACGUGACCAGACUGCAAGGCAAGCCAUGACAACCACAGUGAGCAUUCUCACUGAUCGACUUCACUCCCUGCAGCAACAUGCUACUGACAGGUCACAAAAGAUUCAGCAAAAAGAACAGGCUGAUAAGGUUGAGCAAACAGCACUAGCUGGGAUUGAUUCCAAACUGAAAGACCUUCAAGCAUGGCUGGAGAGAUCCUGUACCUCCCAUAAUGUAGACCCCCAGGAUAGCACUGAUGAAAGCGAGAUGAAACAUAUGAUUCAGCAAUCCCAGGAUCUUCAGGGGGAGGUUGCCAACAAACUACAAGAGCUAGCUGAUCUCUCUGUCCAGAUUGACCAAAUAAGGGAACACACCAAUGACUCGUCAACUUGUCAAACUAUUGUGACAUCACAUACACAAGUCCAGAACUUAUACAUUCAAUUCAAAUUAGAAUUGCUUGAGACAUUAGAGUCUGUACGGGAAUCCCUGCGAGAAACUGAAAAACGAAAGAAACUCAUGUCAGAAUAUGAGACAAAUAUGUCUGGUUUGACCGAGUGGUUUGGUCAAACAAGAUCUCAAGAUCCCACUGAGAUGGUUGAGACAUCUAUUAGAGGAGCUGAGAGCGUUGAGGUGCCUGUACGAACAAGGGUCAAUGUUCAAGAGCUGCCAAGGACUGAGAUUUUGGAGUAUCAGGAUCUGCUGAAAUCUCUGACUGCCUCAGUGCCUCAGAGGCUAGAGGGAUCUGAAGUCCCUGGGGCAAUACAGGAGUUUGCCGGCCAGCCUUUGGAACACUUCAGAUACCAUCCCUCAAUCACCAUGACAACAUCUGAUGUUGGUGAGGAAGAUGCUAAAUCUAAUCUUGCUGAACUAAAUAAGUGCUGGACAGAAAUGCAACAGCAGGUAUCAAACAAGGAUGCCCAGUUGUCUCAGGCCCUAGAGUUCCAACAGAAAUACCAAGAUGCUUUGGAUUCUGUUAGUGGUUGGCUUGAUUCCCUUGAACUGCGUAUCUUUUCCCAUGACUCUGCAAAAGACCUGGAUGACCAGUUGAAAGACUCAGAGGAUCUAUAUAGAGAAAUCCAAAGUUUGCAGAACCAUAUAGUUCUGAUGCAAUCUGCGUCACAACAAGUCCUCGUGGAAGCCUCAUCCGAAAGCCAGAGUGUAAUCCAGCAGACCAUCAGGGAUCUCCAAGAACGUGUCAAGACACUUGAAGCUCAGGCAAAGGUACGAGAGGAAGAAACAGCUGAAAAGAGCCGCCAGUUGAAACGAUACCAACAGGAAGUUGAGCUGCUGAGGAAAAAUAUGAAGGAUGCAGGCACGCAAUACCAGACACAAGGCAGCUUGGACCAGCAGCUCACACACUCCAAGAGAUUGGAGGAGCACAUCAGGGAAUAUGAGCAGAGACUUGGAGAGCUGACUGUAAGAGGUCAGGAGAUACAGCAUACUGAAGGCCACAUGGUGCUUCCACCUGAAUUAGACGAUCUACACCUCACAUGGCAACAAUUGAAAUCCCAGGCUACUCAGCACAAGAUGACGUUGCAGAGGAAUCUUGCUGUACACUCUCAGUAUGAAAAGAUGUUGCAUGAGUAUGCAGAAUAUCUCGACACAGCUCAGAACAAACUCAAGUCUACUGUUAUCACAGCUGCAGAUGUUCAACAUCUGAAACAACAGCAGCUGACACAUAAAGAAUUCUUUGAGGACUUGGAGAGCCAUAGGAUGACACUUGAUGGCUUGGCAUCUAAAGCAGACCAAACCAGCCAUCAAAAAUAUCUUCCCACCCACACCCGACUCACAAACCUCACUCUUGUCAUCCAAGACAAGGCUGCAGUCCGAGGACAAAAUCUGGAACAGACUGUCAACCAAUGGGAAGCCUUCCAGAUUGAUUUUUCAGAGCGUCAGCAAUGGUUACGUGACAUUGAGAAAAGGCUACCAAAGACCCUUACUGGUGAUGAAUCAGUGAAUGACAUCAAGUCCAAGAUGGCUGAAUAUGAGGUGAUCGAACAUGCAUUGGCGGAGAACAAGCCCAAAAUGUAUCACCUUGAUGAUUGUGGACGUAAACUGCUGCAGACUGUGAGGUGUCCUCAGUUGGAGUCUGAGGUCGUUGAGUUUGCUGAACAGUGGAUGCAACUAACCAAUACUGUCACAUUGGAAUACAAACGGCUUGAGAGUGUGUGUGAGCAAUGGGACAGGUUUGAUCAGAGCCUAGCUACAUUACAGGAAUGGCUCAGCACAGCAGUCUCACAGGUGGAAAUACUGGGUCAGCUCUCCCCUACUGAUGCAACUAACAUACAUAUUGUACAGCAAAAGGUCAAGGAUUUCUUGGAGUUCCACAAAGAAGUAGACCGACAACAACCAUUAAAGAAACGAGUGCACACAUUGGGGACUCAACUGCUUCAUAACACUUCCUCAUAUACCAAUACAAGAGCCCAGUUAGACCAGGUUGACUCUCAAUGGACCAAAUUGAUGGUCGAGAUCAAAGAAUGUGAAGAACGUAUGCACAAUGCGCAAAUACAGGUGUUACCCUCUGUACAAGCUUUGAAGGAAUUAAUGUUGUGGAUCGAAGCAGUCGAGAAAGUGUUGCGUGAUGAUAAACAUAAGACAGUGAAAAACCUGAAUGACGUUAAGACAAUGCUGCAUAAGUACAAGGGCAUUAAAAUUGAUGUGAACAACAAGCAGUUGACUGUAGAGUUCAUCCAACAGAGCAGUCUUCAGGCUAGUAUUGCUGAAGGUGGCCAUGGUAGGGACAAGAUAGAACAGGCAGACAGGUUGGGGGAACUCCACACUAGGUGGCAGCAGCUAUCAAUAGAUGUCACUGAGAGACUGAAGAAUUAUGAGAUGCUUCAGGUCCGCUGGGAGGAGUAUGAGAAGAGUGUCAGUCUGCUCCAGACCUGGUUUACAGAACAAGAACAGCGUAUCAGGAAGUUCCAAAGUAUCGGACAUCAGAUUAGCAUACAGCAUGCUCUCAAACAAUGCAAGUCAGUAGAGGAACAGUUACGUGUGAAGGAAGGAGAGAUAGAUGGUGUUAAGGUGCUUGGUACCUCCUUACAAGAGAGCUCACGUAGUUCACCUAGUAGUUUACGCCAUACACAAGCCACUAUUGAUAAACUUAACACCCAAUGGGCAGCUCUGGAUCACCAGGUAUGCCAAUUGGAGAACACCCUUGAAGAUGUACUUAGACAGUGGGAUUCAUACAACCAAGCCUUGAAAGUGGUUACUGGGGUCCUUACGGAGACUGAAUAUACACUUGGUAGAUACACCAGCAUUGGGGGUGAGGCCGCGGCCUUUCAGACUCAUGUGCUCAAAGUUCAGGAACUCCAGCAAAGUUUCAAUAGCAGGGUGCCAGAUUUGGAAAAGUUUGAGGUCGUAUGUUCUCAGUUAAUCCAAGUCUGCGAGCCCUCUGUGAAACAAUCAAUACAGCGUACAUCUACAGACAUCCAAUCACGAUGGUCCAAUCUUACUAAGGAGAUCUCUGGGAGAUUGAGCAAGUUCCAGGAUGUCCUCUCCAAGUGGCAGAAAUACGAGGAGGAAGUUGUGGCUGUUACAAAAUGGCUCCAGACUCGUGAGCAGACGUGUCAGAAUCUUCUCGAAGAUAAAGACGUCUCUGAAAAACGGGAGGAGAAUCUUCAAAACAGCAAGCAAUUGUUAGAAGCUCUCCAAGUGUAUCAUCGACGUGUAAAAUCUCUGGCAAAACUAAGCAGCAAAUUUACCUCCAAUAUGGAGAGCUCUACAAUUAUCAGUAUCACAUCACGGGAAAAUGAUCAACUCCAAUGCAGCACCCAUCUCCAAGACUCCCUCACAAAACACAUCGCAAACUUGAAACAUGACAUAACAGAACAAAGGGAAUUCAACAAAGAUUUGUCUGAAAUUGACCAAUUCUUGGAUCGGGCUAGUGGGGUACUUGGUGUUGAGGACCCCAAUGCUUCCACAGACAUGGACAUUGUCAGUCACCGUCUCCAGGACCUUACUGCUUUAUCUUGUGAUUUUGGCAGUAAACAACUUGAUGUGAAUGCACUUAACACCCGUGGUUAUAGGUUGCAGUUGACUAGUCACGAUGCGAUAAAACUUCAGGAUCUCAACACCAGAUGGAGUAAGUUGUACACGGAAACCAUCGAUAAAUGCAAAUGCAUGCAGGGUCAUCUAUUGCUGCAGCAGAGUUUUACUGAGAAAUGUGAAACAUGGAUGACUUUCUUGGCGGAGACAGAGCGGGAUCUUGCAGUAGAUAUCGCCGGAGAUUAUAACUCGUUACUAGAGCAACAGAGGACUCAUCGGGUAUUUUGCUCUGAGAUGUACAGUAGACAACAGAUCCUUCAUUCCAUCAUUGGAGAUGGCCAAAAGAUCAUGCAGGACGGUGAUGUUGACAAUCGAAUAGAGUUCCAGCGCAAGUUGACGCUGCUUGAAGAACAAUGGCAUAAUGUUGCAAGACGAGCCAAUCAGAGAAAAGCUCUCAUUGAUAACAAUGUCAACCAAUGGGAAGUGUAUUACUCGAUAAGGAAUAAAUUGAAUAGCUGGUUAAUGGAGACACGUGAUUCUUUACGCAUUUAUGAAUUCACGACUGCUUCUGUACAGAAAAUACGAACUCUGAUUGAGCAUAUUAAAAUUACCCAGAAUGACAUCAAGAUGCAUCAUGGGAUAUACAAGAAGCUCCAAGAUGUUGGAAAAUAUCUCCUUGAUCAUUCUGAGAAAAAUACAGAAGAUAAAAUCCAAGAUGAGUUGGAUGAGACUGCCCGACAGUGGACAAAGCUGGUAGAUGCUCUGGAGUCAAAACAUAAGGGACUAGAGGGCAUUCUGCAGAGCUGGAGUGAGUGUGAAGUAGACAUUGAUGAUACACUAACUUGGCUGAAGGAUAUGAGACGACCCCUUAGUGUUCCAUUACCAGAUUCCUAUGAUGACUUGCAGCGUGACCUUCAGCAAUGCAAGGAGAUCAAAAUCCUAUUUGAGAACAAUGAGGAAAAGAAACUGCGUCUAAAACAGCGUGAGCAGAAUCUUUCUCAGGAUGUUGGCAUGGAAGAUAUGUCCAUCUUGAGCCAGAGGCUUGUUCUGCUCAAUAAACAAUGGGUUGAGAUGUUCAGUGAGGUUUCCCUGAGGAUUCAUCGCAUCAAUGAUCGCCUCAAUGAAUGGACACACUUCAAUGAACGCUACAAGGAACUAUGCGCCUCACUAGGCCAGAUGGAGUCUAAAGUCUCAUCCAAUCAGGAACUUCACAUUGAGACACUUUUGCGUAUUCUCCAAGUGGAAUACAAGCAAGAAAUCAACCAAUUGGAAACCAGUAAAAAUGAUCUCAUCACCCAAGGUCAAAGCCUGAAAAAAUGCAGUAGUGAAAUCCGUGCUAAUGACAUUGAAUACAAGAUCACUAAUCUCAAUGAUAAGUGGAGGAAGCUGCAGGAGUUACAUCGCAUGAGAGUCUGUAAGUUGCAGGAAACUCUCCAGGCUGUACAGCAGUUAGAGGUUAACAUGGCUCAACUGCGUAUCUGGCUGGCGGGUAUAGAGCACAAACUGGGGAGCCCUGUGGAAUACCAGUCUCCCAACUACACUGAUAUUCAGCAGCGUCUUCAGGAACAACAGGAGCACCAGAAUGAUAUAGAGAAGCAUAGCACUGGCGUAGCUUCAGUGUUGAACUUGUGUGAAGUGUUACUCCAUGACAAAGAUGCCUGUGCGACAGAAGUUGAGGCCAGUGCAAUACAACAAGCAAUGAGCAGCCUGGACAAGAGGUGGAAGAACAUAUGUGCACUCUCCAUGCAGAGACGACUGCAAAUCCAAGAAACUUGGCGCCUGUGGCAGACAUUUCAUGAUGACUACACCAAGUUUGAGGAAUGGCUGUGUGAGGCGGAGAAGGAUGCUAGAAAUCCUAGGACUGCUUAUGUCACAUUUAUAACAGUGAAAGAUGAACUCAAGACAUUUGAGGGACGACAAAGAAAACUGCAUGAGAAGUUAUCAAAAUUGGAAUUACUGAAUAAACAAUAUAGAAAUAUGGCACGAGAGGGACGCACAGACACCAAUGGAGAGUUACGUCAAAGCAUUCAGGAGGCUAACAGAUGCUGGGACGCUUUAUCAUUCAGAUUAACUAUCAUAAUGAAACGUCUUAAACACACAAUUAGCAUGAAAGAUGACUGGGAUACCACUCGGGAAACAACCAUGUCUUUAUUUUUGGACCUUAGUACACGUCUGUCAAACCUAGAAACUUUGGACCAUACAACAAAAUUACAAGAAAUCAAAGCCAUACAAACUGAAAUUGACAAAAAUCAUAAUCAGAUUGUGUUUAUUUACAAAGCAGGGGAGUACAUGAUGCAGAAAUCUGAGCCUUUGGAUGCAGUGAACAUUCAGGCAGAAUUAGAUCACUUUCAUAUGUGCUUUGAGGAGUUGUUGUUGCGCGUGAAGACAUUCCAACAACGUUUACUCCAGGAGUCAACUGCAAUGUUAGCCACUCUCGAAGAUGAUUCUCUGACAGCAGACGCAGAAGCUGUGCUUAGAGAACUCAUUGACUCUCCCUCUCCCCCAAGAACACCAAACAAACGGACACCAGACAGACGGACACCAGAAAUUCUGGUGUCAAGAUCACCAGAGAGGCCAAGAACUGCAGGUUCAAGGUCGCCGAAACGACCAAUGAGCCGUAGUCCUAAAAAGACAAGAUCACCCGAAAGAUCCGAGUCUGGAUAUCACAUUCCAGGAAUGGAGAGAACUGAACCCUCAGGGGAUGAGAGAUCUCUUACACCAGAAGCAAGAAGGACUGAACCAACUGGAGCAGAAAGAUCUAUGACCCCAGGAGCUGAGAGGUCCCUGACUCCAGGUGGCAUGAGUGGUAGGGGUAGGGCAAGUACAGGAGCUAGUGCAACAGAUUCUCUUGAUUGGGACAUGUAUGAUAUUGAGAGAACUGUUGAUGUCCCUACUCCACCUGAUGCAAAACAGGACACAACAGACUUUACAAAAGUGAAGACAAAAUCUAAAUCCAAAUCAAAGAAAUCUAAGACAUCCACAGUAACCACAACAGAGACUAGUACAACAUCAAAAACUGCACGACGACAGCUUCUCAGUGAAAAGGUUCCUAUACAGGAGAACAGAGAACAGUAUGUGGAAGUCCAAUUACAGGCAUUCCAGGACUCUCUGGAGGAUACAGACUCCAGACUGGCUGUCACAGAGCAACUGCUUAGGUGUAGCACACCUGUGGGACCCGAGGCUGAGUUGGCACAAGGAGAUUAUGCCAAGCAGGUGACUGAGUGCCAAGACAGUAUAGAUCGGAUGAAACUCGCCAGUGCCUGCCUCAAGCAAGAAGCUGGUUUAUCAAGUCUCCAAUCAGCCGACACUCACGUUGAUGGCAUCGUCCAACGCUGGGAGCUACUCCACACAAGGGCUGUUGCUAAGGAUGAUCGCCUGGCCAAGAACAAGCGGCAAUGGUCUCAGUUUAUGCAUGACUUAGGCAAGAUCUGUUUGUGGUUGGAUGAGGCUGAGGCCAUUCAGGGCACACAACAUAGGAUUCCCAGUGAGGUGAAGCAACUGGAGAUCACCAUUAAGAGACAUAAG